AUGAUCUCCAGAUACACUCGGAAGGCGGUGCCACAAAGCUUGGAGCUGAAAGGAAUAACAAAACAUGCUAUUAAUCACCAUCCUCUUCCAGGGCAGCUGGAUGAAAUUUCUUCUACCAAUGACAGCCAUGAAAAAGACACAAGUUCCCAAAGUGAGUCUGUCAUCACACAAGAAUCACCUUUUACAUCAACUGACACUGGGAAUUCAAGAUCUGCUUUUCCAAGCUAUACAGGCACAGGGAUCUCUACAGAAGGUAGCUCGGACUUCUCCUGGGCCUAUAGUGAACUUGAUCAAAAUGCCACUGAAGAAGUCCAGGCAAUGUUCACAGCCAUUGAUGAGCUCUUGUAUGAGCAGAAGUUGAGUGUGCAUACUAAGAGCCUACAAGAAGAGUGCCAAAAAUGGACAUGUAGCUUUCCUCACCUCAGGAUUUGGGGUAGGCAGAUAAUCACUCCAAGUGAAAGUUAUGGGCUGUAUCCUAGAUCCCCUUCUGUUGUUUCAGCUUCAUAUGAGGCAACACUUUCUUAAGAAAGAGAUUCUACUAUAUUUGGUAUUAGGAGAAAUAAGUUACAUUUUUCAUCUUCUUAUGCUCAUAAAGCAUCUUCCAUUGCCAAAUCCCCUAGCUUGUAUUCUAUGGAAAGAGAAAAGAAAGACUGUGUAAUCUUCUCUGAAGGAAUAAUAGAGGAAUACCUAGCAUUCGACCACACUGAUAUGGAAGAGGGGUUUCAAGGAAAGAAAUUACAAGCAGCUCCAGAGAAACAGAAAUUAGGGUACCCUCCCAUUGCUCUAUUUUACUGCAUGAAAGAGGAUAUCCUUGCUCACAUGUUUGACGACAUGUGGAGCAAGGUUCUGAGCUAUAUGGAGCAGCUGACACGUUGUCAUUGGGAGGGAUUGGCUUCUGGUAAGGAUCUUUGUGAAAACAGUGUAAAAAAUAUAAUUGUUUAUGAUUUCCAAAGCCUAACUAACUAG